UGUCAGUCAUCGCCACCCUGCUUUUUGAAGCCACUAGAAGGGUCUUCGAUCUAUAUCUUCGUGUGUCUGUUCGUUUCGAUUUCGAUUCAAUCGUCUAAAAAGACAAUUUGGAUUUUUUUUGGUUGUUGUCGAGGAACCAAUCACGCCGUUUUAGACAACGAAAAUGGCUGGAGUGAAGGCCAACAGUAAUACGGAUCGGAUAAGUGAAUUAAAAGCAUUCGACGAAACAAAAGGUGGUGUGAAGGGACUGCUUGAUUCAGGCAUUACAAAACUCCCAUCUAUUUUUCACUCCAAGCAACUGAGCGUCGAUGACCGGAAGGUGGCAAGUGACGAUGUCCAAUUGAGUAUUCCGAUCAUUGACCUAAAAAACAUCCAUAUUGACUCAGUUUUGCGAGCUGAAGUAAUUGAGAAAGUUCGAUAUGCAAGUGAGAAAUGGGGUUUCUUUGCGGUGAUCAAUCAUGGAAUUUCUGAUGAUGUUUUGGAUAGGAUGAUCGACGGAAUGCGUAGGUUCCAUGAGCAGGACGCUGAGCUGAAGAAAAAGUUGUAUUCCCGUGAGAGUGGGAAGAAGGUUCUUUAUUCCUCCAAUUAUGAUUUGUACCAUGCUCAAGAAGCUAAUUGGAGGGAUACGUUUUCCUGUUAUAUGGCUCCUGAUCCACCAACGCCAGAAGAGAUGCCUUCAGUGUGCAGAGAAAUAGUGAUAGAGUACUCGGAGAAAGUGAUGAAAUUGGCACAUACUUUGUUUGAGUUGUUUUCUGAGGCUCUUGGGCUUAAUCCAAACAAACUGAAAGACAUGGGAUGCGCUGAGGGGCAAUUUCUUCUUGGUCACUACUACCCAGCAUGCCCUGAACCAAAAAUAACUUUGGGCACUAGCAAGCACACUGAUGGCACCUUCAUCUCCGUACUUUUACAAGACCAAAUUGGUGGCCUCCAAGUUUUAUAUGAUAAUCAAUGGGUUAAUGUUCCUCCAAAGAAAGGAGCUCUAGUUAUCAACAUCGGAGACCUUCUGCAGCUCAUCACGAAUGGCAGAUUCAUUAGUGUCUAUCACAGAGUUAUAGCGCAGAAGGUGGGACCAAGAAUUUCAGUGCCAAUCUUUUUCAGGCCAUAUGUUCAGGGAGGAAAAUCAUAUGCUUAUGGACCAAUCAAGGAGUUGUUAUCUGACGAAAAUCCACAAAUCUACAAAGAAGUUGAUUUCAAAGAUUAUCUGAAUCACUACCUCACGAAAGGGAUAGAUUUUGUCUCCCCCUUAGUGAAAUUCAAGCUGUGAAGAAAUUUAUGCCCAUUAAGUUCUCAUGUGUUAAUGAAUAAGCCUGUUAGUCAUGCUGAACUUGAGUAGUCAUAAGAAUAGCUAUUCAAUCAUCUGUAUGCCGAAAUAAAGCAGAGAACUCUGUUAAUCUGUUAUUUAAAUUUGUGUUCAGCAAAUAUUCGGGCAAUUGAAUAAUUAAAUAUAUUGUGAUUGUGAAAUA